CAAUGCUUAACUCAGGUUGUAAUGCUUUCCAAAGAGAGGAGGAACAGAAGAAAGGAGGAAAGAGGGAACAAAGAAGACAGAUAGAAAAAACUAUCUAUCUUUUCAUUCCUUCUAUUACUUUUUUCUUUUCCAUCUAACGAUGAUUCAUCAAAAGUUGCACACAAAUUAACUUAUUAUUCUUGUUAAUAACAGCUCCAUAGAUAUAUUCAUAAAGAUUUGUGAAGUUUAAUUGCUUCUCUCUUGUGCUCUCUGAGAAGGUGCAGCAAUUUUGAAGAACUUUUAUCAGGUAAUAUUCAUCUGAAUUUAAAGCUACAAAAAUCAAAACAGAAGCAUAGGAGAAAAAAUAAACUAUGCCACCAAGCUCAAUCAGAAGAGCCCUUGGGGCAGUAAAGGAUCAAACAAGCAUAGGACUAGCCAAGGUUGGUAGCAGCACCUCACUUGCCGACCUUGAUAUAGCCAUUGUGAAGGCGACAAGGCAUGACGAAUAUCCAGCCGAAGAGAAAUAUAUAAGAGAGAUUCUGAGCUUAACAUGUUACUCUCGCGCAUUCAUUAGUGCAUGUGUUAAUACCCUCUCAAGGCGUCUUAGCAAGACGACAAGCUGGACAGUGGCUUUGAAAACUCUUGUUUUGAUUCAAAGGCUUCUAGCAGAGGGUGAUCCUGCUUAUGAGCAAGAGAUAUUCUUCUCAACUCGACGUGGAACUCGCCUUCUCAACAUGUCUGAUUUUCGUGACAACUCAAAAUCUGGUUCAUGGGACUUCUCUGCAUUCGUGCGAACAUAUUCGUUAUAUCUAGAUGAGAGGCUUGAGUAUAAGAUGCAAAGCCGGCGUGGAAAGCGUGGCAUGUUUGGUUUUGACGAAGAUGAGGAGGAAAGAGAUAGAGAAAGGGAAGGGGAAAAGGAUAAAGAAAUGGUUAUGAGAUCCACACCGGUUCGGGAAAUGAAGAUAGAGCAAAUAUUUUCCAAAAUGCAGCAUUUGCAAUUGCUGCUUGAACGCUUUUUAGCUUGUCGUCCAACAGGGGGAGCAAAGAACCAUAGAAUUGUGACAGUGGCUCUUUACCCAAUUGUGAAGGAGAGUUUUCAAACAUAUUACGACAUAUCGGAAAUACUAAGCAUCUUAAUCGACCGUUUUGCUGACAUGGAUGUCACAGACUGUGUUAAGGUGUAUGAUAUUUUCUGUCGUGUUGGAAAACAGUUUGAUGAGCUAGACCUCUUCUACGGAUGGUCCAAGAGUAUUGGAAUUGCUCGUUCUUCUGAGUAUCCCGAGUUAGACAAGGUCACACCUAAAAAGCUAGAGGUUAUGGAAGAGUUUAUCAAAGACAAGAACAUGUUAGCACAAAGCAAGAAAGCUAAUGCACAAGAAGAGAAGAAUGAAGAGGAAGAAGCCAAGGAACCUGAACCCGAACCGGAAGAGGAUAUAAAUGCAAUCAAGGCACUUCCGCCCCCAGAGGAAAUAGCCGAAGAAGUAGAGGAAGAACCAAUACAAGAAGAACCAAAAGAAGAAAAAGUUGUGCAAACAGAGGGUGAUUUGUUGAAUUUAGGAGAUGAUAGGGUGACAAAUGAAGAACAUGGGAACAAACUAGCCUUGGCUUUGUUUGAUGGGGCUGCACCAACAAGUGAAGGUGGAACAAAAGCUCUUCCAUGGCAUGCAUUUGAUGAGGGGGCAGAUUGGGAAACAGCACUGGUACAAUCAGCUAGCAGCUUAGUGAACCAGAAGCCUGUACUAGGUGGAGGGUUUGAUACAUUGUUGUUGGAUGGUAUGUAUAAACAAAGAGAAAUGAAUGCAGCCAUGCAAGGACCAGGAUAUGGAGUGAGUGGAAGUGCUAGCAGUGUGGCACUUGGUUCAGCUGGAAGGCCUGCUAUGCUUGCAUUACCAGCACCACCAACAUCAGGAACUGCAAGUGAUUCUAAUUCAGGGUAUGUAGACCCUUUUGCAGCUUCAUUGGCGAUUGCACCACCUUCUUAUGUUCAAAUGUCAGAGAUGGAGAGGAAGCAAAGGUUAUUAGUUGAAGAACAACUUGCUUGGCAGCAAUAUGAAAAGGAUAGAGUGCAAGGACAUGCUGCACUCAAAAAACAAAACCCUGCUAGCAAUAAUAACUCUUACAUGGGAGGGUAUCCACAGAACUAUGGCAACAAUUAUUAUCAUUGACUAGAAUAAUUUAUAAUUAGUUGGAACUCUUUUUCCCUAUUCAGAGGGCAGACAAUUUUACCCACCUACAUUAGAUACACUUGUUCUCAAAUCUUGUUAGGACAUUGAUGAUUAUUAAUGUCAUAUACACUCUCCUAAGAAACGCUUGUUUUCAUUCUUAAUUUAUUUGCCUCCUAUAACUUAA